CACUGCAGACCAUCAAACCUCGCAAUCUUCCUAAAACAUCAUCCUUAGCUGGGUCAAGUCUCUCAUUCUCUAAAAUGGCCCACCGCAUCGUAACCCAAGUCGUCGUGACCGGCGCCCGUGUCUUCGGUCGCGCCUUCGCCGAAGCAUACAAGCAAGCCUCUGCGGCCUCGAAAUAUCAACAGAAGACCGGAAAAUCUGCCGGUGGUUCGUCCUCCUCCGGCAUCACACUCGAUGAGGCAUGCAAGAUCCUGAACGUUAAGCCCCCACAAGCCGGCGAAACAAAUCUGGAACAAGUGAUGGAGCGGUUCAAGAAACUUUUUGACUUGAACGAUCCACAGAAGGGAGGCAGUUUCUACCUGCAGAGCAAAAUUCUCAGGGCGCGCGAGCGGAUAGAGGCAGAGGUUAGGGAGGCAGAGAGGAAAGCGGCACAUGAGAAAGAGUUGAAAGAAGGGUGGAAGCCGAAGGUCUACAAAGAUCGGUGAUUUGAUGCUUUGCUGAUGGAAUGGGUUGGGGUUGACCCUGUGUUUUAUUAUCCUUUCUCUUCUCGAAGGUUCGCGGCAUAGCAUGGCGUUUUCUUUUGGUGACUUGAGCAUUGGUCAGGCAAAAUAAUAGACUUCGCCUUCUGUUCAUUCAUCGCCUUGUGAUGUGGUCUGGCAUGGCCCGUCUGCACCUUGCCCGACAUCGCUUCUUCGGCAUUGAUAUUCCUCGCUACGAAAUUUAGUGCGCUGCGGAAGGAAGCAUACGAACACUCCAAGUUGGAGGAGUUUCCGAGGCGAAGGAUGAGCGAACGGCGAUUCUUGACUGUUGAUAUACUUCUUUCUUCCCCAGAUACACUAUUCUCCGCUCUUAUAUUUAUCAUGUAUUAUAAAGAAACAGGACCACGUGCCGAUGGUUUGCUCGGUUGAAUGCCUAGAA